AUGGACAUGGAAAUUAAUGAGGCGAAGAUUUUGCCGGUUGUCAGGAAGCAACAUUUGUUGCUUUGUACACUGCUUAUCUGUAAUGCUGCUGCUAUGGAGACACUCCCUAUUUUCCUCGAUAGUCUUGUUACAGCUUGGGGUGCUAUAUUGAUUUCAGUGACAUUGAUACUUCUGUUUGGUGAGUUGUUGGAUGUCACGUUGGGGGAUGGACAUGUUGCUCUUUUUCGUAGAGCUGAGUUGAAAACACUUGUUGAUUUUCACGGGAAUGAGGCAGGAAAAGGUGGAGAAUUGAUGCGCAAUGAGACAACAAUCAUAGCUGGAGCCCUUGAACUCACAGAGAAAACAGCUAGAGAUGCCAUGACUUCUAUAUCUGAAACUUUUGCAAUUGAUAUUAAUGCAAAGCUUGAUAGGGAUAUGAUGAAGUUGAUUUUGGAUGAAGGACACAGCAGGGUGCCAGUUUAUCAUGAAAAACCUACAAAUAUAAUCGGGCUUAUCUUGGUAAAAUCUAAGCCAUUUACAGAUUCGGCGGAAGAUGUGAGGUUAUAUAUUGAUGGCGAAGGGCAUCAUCAAGAGAAAAACAAGAAGAACAAAAGAUCACUCAAGAAGUGGAAGAAUUCCCACUCCAGCAUGCAGAAUGGCAAUUCAAGGAGUAGAAGGUGGGUGAGGGACAUGUCAUUGGAUGUUCUACAGAUAGAUGACAAUCCGCUUCCAAAGCUCGCACAAGAGGAAGAAGCUGUCGGAAUAAUCACGAUGGAAGAUGUCAUCGAAGAACUGUUGCAGGAGGAGAUCUUUGAUGAAACCGAUUAUCAUGAAGAUUUGUAA